AUGGCUCAGAGAGGAGUUCAGCUGGAGAAAAUCUCCUGUUCCAUCUGCUUGGAUUUACUGAAGGAUCCGGUGACGAUUCCCUGUGGACACAGCUACUGCAUGAACUGCAUUAAAGGCCACUGGGAUGGAGAAGAUCGGAUGGAAGUCCACAGCUGCCCUCAGUGCAGGAAAGAGUUCAUACCAAGGCCUGGACUGGAGAAAAGCAUCAUGUUAGCAGAGUUGGUGGAAGAUCUGAAAGAGAUUGGACUCCAAGCUGCUCCAGCUGAUCACUGCUAUGCUGGACCUGAAGAUGUGGCCUGUGAUGUCUGCACUGGGAGGAAGAUGAAAGCUGUCAAGACAUGUCUGGUCUGUAUGGCCUCUUAUUGUGAGAAUCACCUUCAACCUCACUAUGAAUCUUCUACUUUUAAAAAACACAAAAUUGUUGACGUGUCUGCUAAACUUAAGCAGAGCAUCUGCUCUCGUCAUGGUGAGGUGAUGAAGAUCUUCUGUCGUACUGAUCAGCAGUGUAUCUGUUAUUGCUGCACUAUGGAUGAACAUAAAUACCAUGCAACAGUCCCAGCUGAAGCAGGAAGAGCUGAGAAGCAGAGGAAGCUCCAGGUGAGUCGACAACAAAUCUACCAGAGAAUCCAGGACCGAGAAAAUGAUGUGGAACUGCUUCAACAGGAGGUGGAGGCCAUCAAUGUCUCUGCUGAUAAAGCAGUGGAGGACAGUGAGGAGAUCUUCACUGAGCUGAUCCGGCUCCUCCAGGAAAGAAGCUCUGAUGUGAAGCAGGAGAUCAGAUACCAGCAGGAAACUGAAGUGAGUCGAGUCAAAGAUGUUCAGGAGAAGCUGGAGCAGGAGAUCAGUGAGCUGAAGAGGAAAGACGCUGAGCUGGAGCAGCUCUCACACACAGAGGAUCACACCCAGUUUCUCCUCAACUACCCCUCACUGCCAGCACUCAGGGAGUCGACACACUCAUCCAGCGUCAAGAUCCGUCCUCUGAGACACUUUGAGGACGUGACAGCAGCUGUGUUAGAGCUUAGAGAUAUAAUAGACGAUGUCCUGAGAGACACGUGGACAAACAUUUCACUGGCAAUCACUGAAGUAGAUACUUUUCUCUCAGUAGAGAAUUCCAGUAGACCAAGGAUCUGCCUCCUGUUCGAUCUGUUUAGAUAUUUACACCUGAGCUCAAAUCAGUUGCUGCUGUUGUUUCUGAGAGCUGAAAUGGCACAGAGAAGACUUCACCAAGACCAAGGUAACUUGUCUUGUUCCAUCUGCUUAGAUGUACUGAAGGAUCCGGUGACUAUUCCCUGUGGACACAACUACUGUAUGAACUGUAUUAAACAAUACUGGAAUGAAGAAUGUCAGAGGAGAAACUACAGCUGCCCUCAAUGCAGAAAAACAUUUAAACAAAGGCCUGUUCUGGAGAAAAGCAUCAUGUUAGCUGCUUUAGUGGAGGAUCUGAAGAAGACUGGACUACAAGAUGCUCCAGCUGAUCACUGCUAUGCUGGACCUGAAGAUGUAGCCUGUGAUGUUUGUACUGAGAGGAAAGCUGUCAAGUCCUGUCUGGUCUGUUCAGUUUCUUACUGUGAGAAUCACCUGCAACCUCACUUUGACGUUCCUGGAUUGAACAAACACAAGCUGGUGAAUCCCUCCAAGAACCUCCAGGAGAAUAUCUGCUCUCAUCAUGAGGAGGUGAUGAAGAUCUUCUGUCGCACUGAUCAGCAGUGUAUCUGUUAUCUCUGCUUAAUGAAUGAACAUAAAGAUCAUGAAACAGUCCCAGGUGCAGCAGAAAGAGCUCAGAAGCAGAAAAAGCUCCAGGAGAGUCGACAACAAAUCCAUCAGAGAAUCCAGGACAGAGACAAAGAUGUGAAKCUGCUUCAACAGGAGGUGGAGGCCAUCAAUGUCUCUGCUGAUAAAGCAGUGGAGGACAGUGAGGAGAUCUUCACUGAGCUGAUCCGUCUCCUCCAGGAAAGAAGCUCUGAUGUGAAGCAGCAGAUCAGAUCCCAGCAGGAAACUGAAGUGAGUCGAGUCAAAGAUGUUCAGGAGAAGCUGGAGCAGGAGAUCAGUGAGCUGAAGAGGAAAGACGCUGAGCUGGAGCAGCUCUCACACACAGAGGAUCACACCCAGUUUCUCCUCAACUACCCCUCACUGCCAGCACUCAGGGAGUCGACACACUCAUCCAGCAUCAACAUCCGUCCUCUGAGACACUUUGAGGACGUGACAGCAGCUGUGUCAGAGCUCAGAGACAAACUACAGGACGUCCUGAGAGACACAUGGAGAAACAUCGAACUGGCAAUAACUAAAGUGGAUUAUUUACUGUCAGAACCAGAACCAAAGACCAGAACUGGGUUCUUAAAAUAUUCACGAAAAAUCACUCUGGAUCCAAACACAGCAGAGAGAUUUUUGUUUUUAUCUGAGGGGAACAGAAAAGUAACAUUAAUGAACCAAGAACAAGAUUAUCCUGAUCAUCCAGACAGAUUCACUGUUUAUAAUCAGAUCCUGAGUACAGAGAGUCUGACUGGACGUUGUUACUGGGAGGUGGAGUGGAGAGGAGGAGGAGCCGUAGCUGUUUCAUACAAGAACAUCAACAAAGCUGAAGGAUUUGGAUUAAAUGACCUAUCUUGGUCAUUACUCUGUGACAUAAACAGUUACAGAUUUUAUCACAACAGAAUUCAAACUUUAGUAUCAGGUCCAGUUUCCUCCAGAAUAGGAGUGUAUCUGGAUCACACAGCAGGUAUUCUGUGUUUUUACAACGUCUCUAAAACCAUGUCCUCUGUGAUCCACAGACUCCAGACCAGAUUCACUCAGCCGCUACAUGCUGGGGUUUAUGUUUAUUAUGCUUCUUCUGCUGAGUUUUUUAAACCAACUGUGAUUUGAGGUGUAGUCGGUUAAUAUGUGUAUAAUAGUUUGAGUUUCUUUGGUCUCCAUAGUUGUGAUUACAGCUCACUGUUGUGAUUUUUUUUCACUGCUUAGAGAUCAGUUGUCUCCAUGGAGCUACUUUGAUUUUGUUGGUUUUGGAGUUUGUUUCUGUUCAGCCAUGGAGAUUCUCACUACUCAGGAAGAUUUUGAGUCAAGAAAGUUAUUAUAUUUACAUUUGUUGCUUUGUCUAACCAAAUGUUGCUAUCGUUCAAAUCCAUUUACUGGAAACUGUAGUUAUCAUGAUCAUCAUUUGUCAAGACAUAAUUUUAUUGGACAAACAUCAGAUUCUGAAUCAAACUGUAGACAUUUUUUAUUUC